UAUUGAAGUAUUUAUUAGCUGCUGCUGCCCCACGGCAUUAUGACCAACAACCCUAGCAGCCUCUUCUUCCUCCCCCUCUCCCUCAUUGAUCAUCGGUUCAAUUGACAAGAUCGAAGUCGCCCAAUUGCCUCUUCGAUCCAUACAUGUCGGAGCCAACAUGCAGCGUGUGUGGCGCAGCCGCCUGCGGCUCGAACCUGUUGCACGCUAGCGCAGAUGAUAGCCGGCGGGCCUCCUUCUCCAUCUUCCCCGUGGUUCAUGAUCAUCAUGAGCCCGGGGUACAGCAGCCACCGUCCGGGAGCCUGCAUGAGUUCCAGUUCUUUGGCCAGGACGACCACGAAAGCGUCGCAUGGCUCUUCGACGACCCACCGCCUUCCAUCAGCGAUAACCAGCCCCCAGUUGAGGGCCAACCUCACAAUAAGAGGUCAUCCAUGUUUGACGACCCGUUUGGGCAGCAGUACCACCCCGGGAACGGGCUAACCUUCGAGGUUUCGCUUGGCCUCGGCGGCGGAGCUCGCCACAAGGAGAUAGCGGCAAGCGCCACCAUCAUGUCAUUCUGUGGGAGCACAUUUACGGACGCUGCAAGCUCGAGGCUCAAUGAGCCAAUCCUGAUCGACGGUCAGCUGCAAAGGCCAAUAGAUCCAUCAAUGGAGAGGGAGGCAAAGUUGAUGAGGUACAAGGAGAAGAAGAUGAGGAGGUGCUAUGAGAAGCAAAUCCGAUAUGCAUCCAGGAAAGCCUACGCGGAGAUGAGACCCCGCGUGAAAGGCCGAUUUGCCAAGGUACCCGAAGCUUCUGCACCAUGAUAACCAACAUUGGCAACGACCUGUUAUAUGGUUCCAGUCAGCUUGAUCUUUGGGCGCUGGUUCCAUUGAUAGAUAGCCAUAUUCAGAGUGCUGGAUGAUGGAGCAGACCAUCUAGUAGCUAGUAACUAUCAUGUUUGUCAGCUGGAUUGCCGAUCGACGACCUUAUUAACAGCUUUUGUAUUAUAUAUACUGGUUUGUAUAUUGGUAUUUAUAUAGUAUUAGAUUGUGUUCAUCAAAUUUAGUAACUUUUUAUCUAGUGAUCCGGUGGCCAGCAUGCAUUGCAAGCUUAACUGUACUAUAUAUGUGGUGCAAGCCAGUUUGAACUAUGAAGACAACUAAUAUGUGCGUGCA